GUUGGGAGGGCGCCACAAUCGAGGCAGGACACAAUGCUCAAGCACUACCUGAACGAAGCGAAGCUGAAGCUCAAGGACGAGGCGUUCGAGGAUGCGCUCGACGCUAGCUCGAAAGCAUUAGAACUUGAUGGCAUGAACUUCCAGGCUCUCAUGCUCAAGGGCAAGUGCCUCUUUCACCUCAAGAAUGCAACGCUUGCCGAAGCAACGUAUCGUCGUGCCGUGGACCUUCAACCUGAUCUUCCCAUUGUGUGGAAGGGACUGUUGGAAGUGUACGAAAUGACCAACGCACAUGCCAAAGCCAUAGAACCACUGGAAAAGCUGUCGGCGAUCUUGAUGACAAACGACAAGUGGGAUCGAUGCCAAAAGAUCUUUGCCGACCUCGCGGCCGCCGCCACGGCUGCCUCUGUCGUGCCCAAAGCGCUCCAUGCCUGGUUUCCCCUCGUCGUGUCUGUGGCCGACAAACCCGCCCUCUUCCUUGGCGCCUUUCCCAACCAAGAUGUCCCGUCGGAAAUUCAAAUAUGGAUCAACGUGCUGCACUUGGUUCAAACUCAUCGGACACUUGGGCCCUUCCGAAGCGUCGACUUCAUCUUGGAGAAUAUCGUGCGGUUGGUCGCGACUGUCUCGUGGGCCAACGAAGAUUUCAAACAAGACGAAGAGGCUGCAAAGAAUGCAUCGUGGGCACCCCCUUCCGCGGCCGCGACCCUUCGCUUGGACGUCGCCGGAGCCGUUGACAUUGCCGUGGAAAAUGCAUGGCAAAAGGUGAAGCAAGCACCGUGUGAAGCUAAGCCUGCUGCGCGGCAGGCACUAGAUGCACUGGUAGCGCACUUGGUCCGUUCGUGUCCGCGGGCCAAGCGCGCCGCCGAAGUUCGUCUGCUUCGAAUCGAAGAUGCCGAUGCUGACGUCCUGUCGCCAGCCGAGGAGGAGCAAUGCCUGGCCGUGCUGAAAUCCACUGCGUCCAGCACCACCAGCCCGUUGCUGCAUCUGUACUGUGGCCUUGACCACGCGAAUGAAGGCCAAUUCUCCGAAGCUGUCAGCAGCAUCUUGCAAGGCAUCCCUAGUCUCCCUGAACACAUCCAAGCCCGAGUCGUUUUAGCGACGUUGUCCCUUGAGUCAGCCUCGUUCGAUCCCCAGCGGUGUCUCGAUAUGGUGCAUGCAGCUCAGGAUGCAGUGCAAUACCGGUUUGACAAGUUUGGCACGUCGCCUCGAUCGUACUCCCACACGGCGAUGCAGCUGCUGCAAGCAAAGGCGUGGAUUGCACUACGCAACUGGGCCAGCGCAAUCGUGGUGUACGAAGGAAUCAUUGAGCACGAGCCGUUCCUUCCCGACGCCGUGCUUGGCCUCGCGGAGGCCCAUCUUCACCAAGACAAUGUUGACGCUGCUGCAUUGACGCUGCAGUUUCUUCCACCACAAGAAUCGGCGGCGUAUUGCGCUGCCAAGGGGUGGUUGAUGUAUCGCCAAGGCGACUUGGCAGGAGCCCACACGACGCUGGAAGGCGGAUUGGCGUACCCUGAUGUGUCGUGGGCGCUAAAGUACCGCCUUGCUCGAGUGUAUUGGGACUUGGGUGGCGAAUACCAAGCGAACAAGGCGUACUGUGUCGCUCAGCUGGUUGGCGCCGCCAAACUGAACCCCCAUGAGCCGGUGAUUUUCCGGUGGUUGGGCUCGUACUACCUCAAUAUUGGUGGAGACCCAGCUCGCGCGGAAAAGUGCUUUUUCAAGGCGUUGUCGUUGGAUCCUUCGUGUGAAUUUUGCGGCAUCGCGUUGACAGAGUUAUACGCCAAUGACUAUGACCGUGCUGUCCAGCUGUGGACAGACAUGGCGGUGGGCCAAGAUCGUGUCCAUGCUCCGUGGGCUUUGCUUCGUCUGGCGCAGCAUGACGUCACCCACGGCAACGAUAGUGCUAUCGGUCAUCUGCAUAAACUCCUGCGAGUUGACCCACACAAUGCAUCGCUGUGGGCAGCUCUUGGCCAUGUGUACCAAGUAUUUGGCCGCAUUGUGGCCGCUCAAAAGUCGUACGUCAAGUCGUUGGCUCUGGUGGAAGCUGCCGGCGACAAGCGGCCCAGUGACAGUGUGCUUUGUGAAUUGGCCCGUAUCGAGCUAUCGUUGGGGUUGCUCGAUGAAGCGUUGGCGCACUUGACGACUGCCGCCGGCGCCGUCGACGCCUGCAACGACCAAACCAACGUCGGCGCGGCCGUGCACAAGUUGCUGGCUGAAACGCUGUUCACUCAGGCCAAAACGUUGUGCGCCCAAGGGCUGUACGGCCGCAGCCGCGACAAACUCAAGCACUCGUCGACCGUGCUGCGCUCGUACUUGGCCGCGAUAGGUGCACGCAAGGCACACACGAGUUUGUACAAGUUGCUCGGCGAUAUCCACCUGUUUUCGUUUUACCUUCCCCCUGACGAGACAUGGAUUUCUUUCUUACAGCAAGGCACGGAGGCGUAUUUGACCGCUCUGUCCAAAGCGCCCACCAACGCGCUGGCCCUCUUCGACGCCGGCGUUGCAUGCUGGAUUCAAGCCCAGGCAAAGGGUUUUUUGCUGAACGUCCCGAUGGCCAAGUGGAGCUUGCAACACCUGCCCACGUACCCCACCGAAAUUCAAUCGCUCGUCGCGACAGCGCGAUCGUACCUGACUCGAUCGUUGCAAACCCAUCCAAACGAUGCCAAAGUGUGGAACGCCCUCGGUGCAGUCCACGAACACGUUAUCCUCAAGCAAUUUGCAUUUGUGCGUGCGAUCGAGCUCGACAAUCUCGAUGCCGCCUGGGCCAACCUCGGCAUGUUGUAUCUUCAGUCGGGACAUCUUGGGCUCGCGCAAAAGGCGUUCCUGAGCCUCCAGGGGGUGAACCCCAACCAUCCAGCCAUGUGGCUCGGAUAUGGGCUGAUGGAAUGCGUGAAUCGGGACCCAGCUCAAGCCCACGCUGCAUUUACGUGUGCGAUGGAAUUGCGGCUAGAUCUGGACAUUUUGCACGGAUUUGCCUAUACAGGUCUGGUCAGUCGAACGGGGUCCCUGGACCAGGCGCUGUUUGCUCUGAAAAAGUACCACGAGCGGGACGCGCGAGACCCCGCCGCCACGAACAGUUUGGGCGUUGCAUUGAUGCGGACCAACCUGUACCCACAAGCGAUCUCUGCGUUUGAAUCGACGCUGGACAUGGUUCAAAACGAUCCAUCGUUGGUCGACGGUGUGUCGUUGAAUCUGGUCCAGGCCCUCCUCCAUGCCAAAAAUUACGACGCUGCCGAGUCGGUGCUUGAAUCGCUUGCCAAGCCGUCGCCAGCGCCGCUGCCCCUUCUCCCGUUGCUCCAAACAAUGGUGCAUGUGGGUCGCGGAGGGCAUGACAAGGACGCGCUUGCAAUCCUGAAUGAAGCAACCAAGUGUUUGCCGUCGUCCCUGUCGGAAUCGAAUGUGGUCAAGGUGCACUUGGCCCGCAGUGUGUUGCUGUAUCGCGUGGGCGAGCAGGACGCGAGUCGCGAGUCGUUGCUCCAGUUGCUGCAAAACCAACCGACCCACUCGGAUGCAAUUGCGACGGUAUUGAUCAAAUUGGGCGGCGCGUCCGCGUGGUGGAGUCCGACGGACACGACGAUAACGCACGCGUUGUGCGGUCCGUUGGUGGCGCUGUAUCAGCAAUUGAACAUGGGGGCUGCAUGCAAGCGCAUGUGCGACUACUGGACGACAACGUUCCCCAACGAUCCGAAUGGAUGGCUGGCGCUGGCCCAAUCGAGCUUACACUUUGGCAAACUGCAGGGCAUACCGACCUCCGUGCCGUUGCCUCCCGUGUUGUCGACCGUCCUCCCCUACGAAGCCACGUUGCUCCGCCACCAGAUCGAGUCGGUCGAAGAAUUGUUUGGGUCGUGGCAUGCUUCGGACACUGCCGUCCGCAAGUGGCUUCACUUGCAUCCCGUGGAUCCGCUCGCCCCUCUGCUCAUCGUCAUGUCCUUGCUCAAGCAGCUCGCCAUCCACCCCGACGACACAUCGUUGCUUUGCCAAGCAAACACGUGGCUCGACUCGUAUGCCACGAACGAGUCCGCUACCCCCUACGGCACGUGGUUGUGGCACGUACUCCAGAGCAAUUUGCACGCCAGUCGCGACAAGUCGAAAGCUCACUUGCAUGCGCAAGCUGCCAAGGCGCUGGUCACGACAACUUUGUCAGGGCAUGUGCCAGUGCGACUGUAUCAAGCACGAAGCGUCGUCCACACCGAUCCAGACGAUGCGAUCGCUCUCUACUUGAGCUCCCUUCACGAAGAAGGCGCGCUGAAGGUGGCAAAGGUCGAGCUGGCGGUGCUGUUGGAGACCAAGGGGUACCUCAAGACCGCAUGGCGUUUAUGGAAAGAUGUGGACACGGCGGACAGCGACAAGAACGAGUGGAAGGGACUCGUCGCGAUUAAGCGGUGCUUCUUGCAACGCGAAAACGCCAAACUCGCGGCCAAGUUUGUGCGCGACAUGCCAGCGGUGUCCGACGCGUUUGUCGAGGCGUUCAAGAUCGAGUUUCGACUCGAGUAGGAUCUUGCAUACCGUCGAUGCAAUACAGGUUUGUCCAUCACGUCGGUGGCAUCCUCCCCAUGUCGACUGCUGU